AUUCCAAAACAUCGUCUAGAGGAAUGGAGAGUGAUUCUUCCAAAAAUGGGGCUUUUGGCCUCGUCACGCUUGUGCUGGCGUCAUUUUGAUGAAGAUGACAUCUUGAAGGGUAAAUUUAUUUUAGGCCAAUUUCAUCCACAACAACGAUGACGACUGAAAGAUGGAGCUGCACCAAAGCAUCUUUUAGGGCCUACAAGACAACAGAACAACAGACGCCCAGCAUUGGAAGAUUUGCCUCUAAAUGGUCUUGUGAAGAAGAAGAAACUGCAGCCAAGAUGCAAAACAAUUACGUCAAUUUUGGGGACACCUAUUUCCAGCAUUGUUCAAAAUCAGUUAACUACUAUUCACCACACAGAUCGUAGGAACAGUUCCCAACCUACAACUAAAUUGCUUUGCACAAAUGCUCUCUCAGAUUCUGGUUCCAGCCAUGUGAUGUUUAAAGACGACACUCUGAUGGGUUAUGCUCCUGUGCCUAUAACUACUGUUCUAACAGAUCCUGGGCCAAACCAAGCCACUGUUGAAGACGACACUCUGAUUGAUUCAGUUCCUGUGCCUGUCACUUCUGCCCUUCCUGAUCCUGGGUCAAGCCAAGCCACUGUUGAAGACGACACUAUCAUGGUUUCAGUUCCUGUGCCUGUCACUUAUGCUCUUCCUGAUCCUGGGUCAAGCCAAGCGAUUGUUGAAGACGACACUCUGAUUGAUUCAGUUCCUGUGCCUGUCACUUCUACCACAGACUAA